AUGGCCUUCCAUCAACCUACAAGACAAGUCGCACAGCGCACUUCGCGGGCAGUCGCCCCGAAUUCGGCGGAUUUAGAAACGCAUGCGCCCGCCCCACCACUUACACAGUCCCGCGACGAGUCGCAAACCUGGGUCCUAUUCUCCCCUGCCACCGACUCGGGGACCUCAGUAUCCUACCUUUCGUCAAUACAAGACGAUCAGCCAACACCUGGCCGGUCAAGGAUAAGCGAUAUCGGGAGCUUGCAAACAAUAGCACAUUCCGAUAACCUCUAUUCCGAGCCUGCAAACUCCGACAUCCUCGAAGAAGACGACGCCGCCGAGGACGAUGCCGAGCUCGACAGUCUUGACAGCCACCUGCCAGAUUUCUUGCACAAGGGGCAGCAAGGAGGCACCGCACAGUCAACCACCAUCUUCCCAGGUCAUGAUGGGCUGGGUAGUUUUAGAGUAGACACCCAGGGGCUGGCUACGGAGAUGCAGGAGACUAUGUACCAGUUCGAGCGUUACAAUCCCCGCAGAGUAAAGAGACGACGAGAGAGUCUGGAACUCGGGCAACUUGCCUUGGAGAGCGAGGAGGCACAGGAAGCCGAUAGAAGGCGGCGUAUCGAAGACUGGCGCCUCGAACAGAGCCGAGUACUACUCCAAGAGAUACAGAAGGAAACCAGGCGGAGAAGAGAGUCGACUGUGUCCACGCUGACGGACAGGAUUAGAAGAGGCAGUCAAGCACUCGUGGAGACAGAGGCAGAGGAUGCGGCGCUGAGCACGGCUGGCGACCCGACUCCUGACGCCUCCAUGGCAGGAACGGAGUGGCACGACCAGGACGCAUCCGAGAUGGAUCUCGGCGCAGGAGAGGCGGAGGAAGCCGGCUACUGGACGCGCAUCACACGCAGUGUCAUUCGUGAUUUAAUGGGCAUCGACGACAAACUACUGUGCGUGCUUUUUGGCGAGGCACUUCCCGAAGAUCUGGAUCUCGAGAGCGACGAUCUCUCAUCCACGCCACGGGCCAUCGCGCCUGGGGCCAAUGUGGUGGAGCCCGAGCCAUCUUGGCAGCUUCAACUCCUCGACAGGAUGGCCCAAGAGCUCGGCGAUUUGGUCAACCAGCUGUCCGCGCACCCACAUCCGGGUGCGUUCUCAACGUACACGCGCAUGCAGCAGAUGCCACUCCCUUACGCUGGAUUGCCUGUCAUUCCCGAGACAGGCACUGUACCCCUACAACCUGCAUCCAUCCAGGCUGCACCGACAUCCACUGAAACAAAUGAGGCCAAGAGGCAUGCUGCUUCGCAGAGGUCUUCCAUCGCCGAUGAGAGCACAAUGCCGUCGAUGCCCAAGUUCCAGCCUACGCUACAGGCGAUCCCCCAUGCUCAACCGAUGGACAUCCCCAGGACGAAAACUGUAGACGUCUCAAGCGAGGUGUCUGGCCCUGAGAAAAUCCCUGGCGCCUUUACUCAACAAGAGUGGGAGCAGGACCUAGACAUCAAACUUGUCUUCCGGUAUCUGCGCAAUCGCUUCACCUCAUCUCGCGCCGCUGCCUCGAACCCAUCUGGGCAUUCGCAAUCCCACACCACGUCCUCGGCUCAAGAUGCUGCAGCAAGGGCAGCGGCCCGAGUGAGACAACACCACCCCCUUGUCCGCGGUGUCCACUCGCAUCAAAGGCGGACGUCGUUCAAGGUCAGCGUGCCAACCGGUGCGCCGGGUCAACUUGUCAGGCACGCCAGUAGCUGCGCCAGCCAGAGCACUAAAAGGAGUGGCCGCCGAGGCAGUAUGAGUGUCUCAUCAAGACACUCGAGUAGGCAUUACUGGGACAUUGGCGCGCGCGACGGCGCUGGCAGCAUUGGCACUGGAAGCAUGAUCGCCAGUACAGGGCCGAUGGGAAGCUGGGGUGAGGUGUAA